ACCACUGCCCGGGCUUGAAGGGGAGUCGCGUAUCCGGAUGUGACGUCACGUUGACCUGGAGAGGGAGGAGGAGAGCGUCAGGGGGGCCUCUGCGGCGGCUAUGGAGGUUGCUGAUCACAGGGUGGUGUUUGAGAAGGGAGGCGUGUACCUGCACACCAGCGCCAAGAAGCACCAGGACCCGGACUCCCUCAUCGCCGGCGUCAUCCGUGUCGUGGAGAAGGACAAUGACGUCCUCCUGCAUUGGGCCCCGGUAGAGGAAGCUGGAGAUUCCACCCAGAUCCUCUUCUCUAAGAAGGACUCCAGUGGGGUUGACCCUUGCACCUCUGAGGAGGAACCAACCUUUGACCCUGGCUAUGAACCCGACUGGGCUGUCAUCAGCACCGUGCGGCCUCGUCCCCGCCACUCAGAGCCGAGAGGUGCAGAGCCCAGCUCCCCCCGGGGCUCCUGGGCCUUCUCAGUGAGCCUGGGGGAGCUCAAGUCCAUCCGCCGCUCCAAGCCGGGCCUGAGCUGGGCCUACCUGGUCCUGGUGACCCAGGCCGGAGGCUCGCUGCCUGCCCUGCACUUCCACCGUGGGGGGACCCGCGCCCUGCUCCGCGUCCUCAGCCGCUACCUGCUGUUGGCCAGCUCCCCACAGGACCCCCGCCUCUACCUGGUCUUCCCCCACAACUCUUCUGCCCUCUCCAACUCCUUCCACCACCUCCAGCUCUUCGACCAGGACAGCUCCAACGUGGUGUCCCGCUUUCUCCAGGACCCCUACUCCACCACCUUCAGCAGCUUCUCCCGCGUGACCAACUUCUUCCGGGGCGCCCUGCAGCCCCACCCGGAGGGCGGCUCCCCCGACCUCCCCCAGCCCCCCGAGGACGAGCCUGAGCCAGGCUUUGAGGUCAUUUCCUGUGUGGCGCUGGGCCCGCGGCCGGAGGUGGAGCGGGCAGCCCCGGUCUCGGAGGAGGAGUGGGCCCGCCACGUGGGCCCCGAGGGCCGCCUGCAGCAGGUGCCCGCGCUGAAGGCUCGGAUCUUCUCCGGGGGCCUGAGCCCCGGCCUGAGGCACGAGGCCUGGAAGUUCCUCCUGGGGUACCUCAGCUGGGAGGGCUCCGCCGAGGAGCACAGGGCCCAUGUGCGCCAGAAAACGGACGAGUAUUUCCGCAUGAAGCUGCAGUGGAAGUCGGUGAGCCCCGAGCAGGAGCGCAGGAAUUCCCUGCUGCACGGAUACCGGAGCCUCAUCGAGAGAGACGUGAGCCGCACUGACCGGACCAACAAAUUCUACGAGGGCCCCGAGAACCCAGGCCUGGGCCUGCUGAACGACAUCCUGCUCACCUACUGCAUGUACCACUUCGACCUCGGCUACGUCCAGGGCAUGAGUGACCUUCUUUCUCCGAUCCUCUACGUCCUUCAGAACGAGGUGGACGCUUUCUGGUGUUUCUGCGGCUUCAUGGAGCUGAUGCACGGGAACUUUGAAGAGAGUCAGGAGACCAUGAAGCAGCAGCUCGGGCAACUCCUGCUGCUCCUGAGGGUGCUGGACCCGCCGCUCUGCGACUUCCUGGACUCCCAGGACUCCGGCUCGCUCUGCUUCUGUUUCCGGUGGCUGCUCAUCUGGUUCAAGAGGGAAUUCCCCUUCCCAGACGUCCUUCGGCUAUGGGAGGUGCUGUGGACGGGGCUCCCCGGCCCCAACCUGCACCUGCUGGUGGCCUGCGCCAUCCUGGACAUGGAGCGUGACACCCUUAUGCUGUCAGGCUUCGGCUCCAACGAGAUCCUCAAGCACAUCAAUGAGCUGACCAUGAAGCUGAGCGUGGAGGACGUGCUGACGCGGGCCGAGGCCCUCUACUGCCAGCUGACCGCCUGCUCGGAGCUGCCCCUCAAUGUGCAGGAGGUCCUGGGCCUGGCACCACCCACAGAGCCACACAGCCCCUCGCCCCCCGCCUCCCCACUGCCGCUGUCGCCCACCUGCGCCCCGCCGGCCCUGCCACCUGCCCCCGACUCGGCCCCGCAGCCCGACAGCAGCCUGGAGAUCCUGCCCGAGGAGGAGGAGGGCGCUGGCUCCUGACUCCUGGGCAGGGGUGGGGAAUGUCAGGGUCGGGACUCCCGGCCCAGGCUGCAGGUCCUGCCCCGCUGUGGCCCGGGCCACUCUCCAGAUUAGUUGGUUCCAUUAAACUGACCUUUCUCCUACCAGCUGGCCUUGUGUUGGCGGGGAAGGAGGCUGCGGCUGGGCCGGGCACCCUGGCCUCAUAACUGGAUCCAGCCCCUGAGAGGGAAGGGGAGGCUCUCCGGGGCGGGAGGUGGGGCUGAGUGAUGGGGGGGCUUGUGGAUAAAGGGAGGUGGGGCCCCCUUCCCAUCUUGAGUUCGGGGUUGUGUGGGGGGCACCCCCAGAAGGAAGUGCCUCCAUAGCUGCUGGCCCCCCACUCUGUUAUGUGCAAAAAAUAAACUAAUGUUGUUUAA